GUGAGCCAUCUGAUAUGACAUGAUUGACAUAAUUUUAAAAAAUAUUCAUGAGUCAAUUUUAUUUUAUUUUUUGAUCAAUUUGAGUUUUUCUUAUUUUAUUUCAUGGAAGCAUGACAUUAAGUAGUCAAAGUUUAGGCUCAAUCCAAAGUGAGGCCCAUAUGAAUAGGCCUAGGAUCUUAAAGUAGGCCCAAUAUAUUAUUCCAAGAAGCCCAUUGUACAUUGAAAGGCAUAACAAAGCCCAUGACAAUUUUGUUAUCUCAAAAAAAGAAAAAGAAAAUUGAAGAUAAGGAAGCGGAAACCCUGAAUAAGGAUAACAAGAUCGAAGGCAGGCAGCAGGGAGCGAGAAAUCAAGGGGAAGAAAUGGCGUCCUGCUUUUCAGUGGGUUCAAGUCUGUGUUACAGAGGGAAUAAUUUCAGCGCACCUUCAGCUUCACUUUCAUUAGGUUCUAGAACAGCUACUUCUCUUUCUCUGAAGGCGAAACCUAAGGCGCAGAUUUGUUCAGGGACGCUCCACUCUGCCUUCACACCCUCCUCUCUUUCUCUCUCUUCCGCAUCUUCCUUCUCAGGUUUGUCAUUGGGGUUGUGUUUGAAUGGUGCGAUUGGGAGGGGAAGUGAUAAGAGGCGUGGGCUAGUGGUGAGAGCAUCCAAAUAUUUGCUGUGUCAAACCAAGAGAAACAGAUCACGAAAAUCGCUGGCUCGAACCCAUGGUUUCCGGAAGCGUAUGAGCAGCACCAGUGGGAGGGCACUCAUCAAGCGUCGGCGCGCCAAAGGCCGCUGGAAGCUCUGCACCAAGACCAACCCCAGCAGCGGCAAACGAGCCUGAUCUUCAAUUAUUCAUUGCAUUUCGUUUCCAUUAGCCUAGUAACUCUGUUUUUGAAUGAUUUCAUGUGAUUGUGAAACUUGGGUUGUUAACUGCAUUUUGUGUUAGUAGAAUCUACUGGCUAUGAUACGGCGAUUCACCAUAUUUUGCAAUAAUAGAGUACUAUAUUUUACUGUA